UUUAUAUAUUAUGAUAUAUAAUAUAUAUAUUUAUCAUAAUUUAGAAGCUGUAUUUAGGAACAAGAUUCUGACCCACGCACUUAAGAUUUAUAGUUUUAUUCAAAAUAUUUUAGCUACCAAAAAGGUAUGAUCUGAAACUAUAAGUUUAUAUUUACAAAGUUUAUUGUAUUAUAAGUAUUAUUUAGGUACUAUACAAGUAACACUACUAAUACUUGAUUCCUAUAUAUAAAUAUAUAAAUAUUUGUUUCCUAACCUAAAAUACUUUACUCAAGCAAAUUAGAAAGUUUCUCGUACAUGAACCAAAAUAGGUUUAUAAACUUGUUUUCUAAAAACUUUAAAAAACUUUCUACUGAAAAUUCCUCUCAACCCGGAUCUACUAUAGAAUUUACCUGUCUGUCUCAAAUUACUUAUACUCUUAAACUUAAUUACUACCAAAUGAAACCAAGUAAUUUGAUCUACCUUAGGCUGAACUAAUUCAGUUUCGUUUAAAAAGCUUUUACGCACUCUCUUCAACUUUCAAUUAAACUCGAGUGAUAAUACGAAUUGGAAAGAAAGAUUCGUUCCACAAGGACUUAUGCCCGCACACAACCAAGCCCACUGACACAAGCAACGUGCCACAGAGGGUUUCGCCAUUGUCCUUUCACACAGAUACAGUGAGGCAUCGUUUACCUGCCAUUUGCGGCAUUGUGAGUGAUCGAACAAGGGCGGAGCGUAAAUGGCAACAGUUGCCGCUAAAUGGUGACUAAAUGGCCGAACAACCCUCGAAUUGGCCCUCAGGGGUGAGGGUACAUGGAAAACCAACCCCCAGAACAGGCUCUUGAGGUAUAUAAGACCAGGGUGAAAUCUCAGCAGCCAGACAGUCUCGCACAGUCAGCGAUCGUGUUCAGUCAGCUCAUCUCGAAGUCAUUUAGAAAACCAAAAAUGUCACGUUCUUUUUUGAUGGAUUCCCUGCUUAGCGAUAAGCCCAACUUGAGCCAGAAGAAGGAAAAACUGGGAUCACCAGGAGGAAGUCCAUCGGCCGCCGCUGCAGUGGCCGCAGCUGCCAUGUUACCUUCGCUACCGAUGUUGCCUUAUCCCGCAAGCUAUGUGGGCAGCUAUCUCUUCUCUCUGGGCAUCCAGCAGCAACAGCAACAGCAGCAACAACAGGCAGCUGCAGCAGCAGCCGCAGCAGCAGCUGCAUUGCAACAACAUCCUCAUGUCAGCUCCAGUCCUGCUUCCCUAUAUCAUCCAUAUGCUCAGCUGUUUGCUACGAAAAGGAAAUCCAACGGAUUCAGUAACUACGAUGGAUGCUAUCCUUCGCCACCGCUGUCGGCCAAUCCUAACUCCCAACAAUUGCCGCUGCACAAUCUCUAUGGAACUCCUGUUGUAGGUGGACUACCUUUACCCGAACCUGGAAGCUUCUGCACUUCACCAUCUGCCUCAUCGUCGGCCUCUUUGGAUUACACUAAUAACUUUGAUGAACCCCAGGGAAAGCGGUUCAAGCACGAGUCAUCCUGUUCGCCCAACAGCUCACCUCUUAAGGUUCCAUCUUCGGGAGCUCCUGCAGAAAUCACACCUUUGAUCAACGAUUAUGCCGACUCCAGCAAAAGGAUUCGCACUGCCUUCACCAGCACUCAAUUGCUGGAGCUCGAGCGGGAAUUCUCGCACAAUGCCUACUUGUCUCGCCUUCGUCGCAUCGAAAUCGCCAAUAGAUUGCGUCUCUCCGAGAAGCAGGUGAAGAUCUGGUUCCAAAAUCGACGUGUCAAGCAGAAGAAGGGCGGCUCCGAAAGUCCCACAUUUAAUCUGUCCACCAACUCCAAUGGAAGUCCUCAGCCUUCUCCAGUAUCUGGCCAAAUUAAUGUUCACGAAUUGAAAGUAGAAGCGUAGAAUGAUCUACGAUAUAAUAACACAAAUUGUACAGUUAUUUUAAGUCUGUUGAUAAACAUAAGUAUGUUAAAGUAAAUAAAUUGUAAUCGAAAUGAAAAAUACUGUUUUGUGGUAUAUUUAUAAAGAAUCGAUGAAAUAUCAAAAUGAAUUAUCAAUUUGUUUCGGCUUAAGAUCUCAAUUUCUUCGAUAA